UGUGGGUAACGAGAUCGACAGCUACACUAUUUAGAUACAAACGUUUGCAAUUCUUUCUUCAAGGAGCAUUAUCGUGGCGCGUGUCGAGCAAACGGAACCAGGAACGCCCCUGGUGGACGUGGACAAAAUUCGAGAAGCUCUGGCUGCGAACGGAGUCGGGAUCAUUGGUGGGAACGCGAUCAUGAACACGACCAUGCACAUGGAAAAUACGAAUCCUCCUGCUGUCGAUGGAACGCAACGUGUCAAUGACGGUCAAACAACGCUCGUUAACAAUACCGUUACAACCGUUCAGAGCGAAGAAGUGACGGUGUACAAAGCAGAAAACAAAUUAUUAAUCUGGCUUCUGAUAAUUUUGGGUUUACUCAUGCUUUUGGCGAUUGCCGCGUUGAUUGUCUGUUGCAUAUGCCCUGGAUGUCCGUUUUACAUGGCACCCAGGAAAAGACGGGUAUAUUCGUCGGAAACGUUGGUCGUACGAUCAGACGGCAGACCAAAGCGACAUCUUCAUCGGCAGCCGGCAGUAGCCGCCGAAGUAUCGUGGAAUGGGAGGAAGCAGGCGUGGAGCGCCGACCCGACGCGUAGGAACUGGCAGUUCAAUAAAAAGAACGUUGUGAAGAAUUGUUCGCUGCCUGGCGACGUGGCCUACGUGGCUUCCGGCCAGCCGGGCGACCUUCAGAUGACCCUCGAGGCUCAACGACUGAGGGACGGAGGUUCGAGGUACGAAGCUCACUCGAGGAGAAGCAGAAUGAACGAGCAAGAGAGAAUGUACAUGGAAGACGUGGAGGAACAAAAGAGGGCUGCGAGAGGUUAUCGCACCGCCGAGUUGGAUUCCCUGCAGCGGCACGAGGCGGACAGAGGCUCCGACCUGCAACACCAAGCUUACAGACAAAGAUUCAUGGAGGCCGACGUGAACGUCGAGGAGCAACCGACGGUCAGGGAGCAACACUUUUACCGCGAAGGUAACGCCGAGGUGCUGCGGCUGGUGACGCGGGGGCAGCUGGAAGACACGAGCCAUGUUCAUCAGCGGCCGACAGCCUUGAUCGUCGAUGGUAAGGACAUAAUUCUGCAAAGAUUCAUCGAAGACCAGAGGUCAAGGCACGAGUUGUCGAUGCAGGACAUCGAGGCAGCUCGUAGCAUGGAAUCGCACCAGAGAUCGAAAGAAGUAUGCCAACAGCAACAACAACCGCCGGAGAUAAUCCUGAUACCGGAGAGGCUGGAUCUCGGCCAUCACAGGCAGCACUUAUCCUCCCUCGAGGAGAUUCGGCCGACAGUGCAGAGGCUCGUGAUCGAUCACGGUGAUUACGCUGACUCGCAAAAAACGGCAGAGAGAGAGCCCCUUCAAAUGAGGGAGACGCUGAGGCAAGAGAAGCAAGAGCACGCCGACGUGCGCGCCGUGACGAGCGUGCCGAUUUCUGACAAGCCGCCGCCGACGAUUCCUGACAUUCCCAUCAAAGAGCAGAGAGCUGUUCAACCGGCGGACGACGCUACUCGCUACUCGUUUCACGAUUUCGAGCUGGCUCGGCAGAACGCUUUGCUCACUCGAUUGCUGCUCGAGAGGGAGAGUCGUCGAGCAGCAGGUGGCGGGAUGGACUCGACCAGUUACCUGGAGACUCAGAGCCUGCCCGGGCAGGUGGCGAUCGCCACUCAGACCGACAGAACGGCGGCCACUCAGACGGAGCGUCAGGUGAAGAGCAGAAGCGACAACGACGAGUCCGACGAGGAGUCUAAGCACAGAAGGAAGCUGAAAUCGAGGAAAAAGUACGGUGACGGGGACUGGAGACGAUCCGCACGAGCUCCGUGGACGAAGUCGCCGAUCGAGGAGGAGGCGAGGAGGAGCCCUUGCUUCGACAAGCGUCUCAGCAUCCUGAGGAAGAAGGUGCGAGAGGUGAAGGAGGGCAGGAAGAUCUCGCUGGAGCCCGGUGUGCUGCGGGAGAUCUCGGACUCGUUGGACGGGAACGGGAGUUGCUCGUGCAAGGGCGAGGAGGACGAGACGACGAGGCGCAGCUACCAGAGAACCGAGCAGACGAGCAUCAGUUACAAGAUAUUGAACGAGAAGGAGAGCGGCUCGCAGUCGAGCGAGGAGAAACGUCCGGCUUCCUCGCCGGAGGAGGCCAAGCUUCAACGGGAGAGACGCGAGAAGAGUCCUGCGAGAAAGUCCGAGGCGAGAUCGAAGACGCAGAAGAGGCCGAGUUUCCGAAUCCUCGAGAAGGAGUUCACGAUGCUGACGAAGAAGCUGAGCAAGCUCGGCGAGAGGAAGUUCCAGGAGAGCACCGGCAGCACCGACGAGAAGUCGGACGCGUUCGCGAAGAAGACGGAUUCCUCGACCAGCUCUCAGAAACAAACGGCCGAACGUGCGAGCGCGUCGAAAGCCGAGCAGAAGGGAAAGCAGAGGAAAGACUCGGCGAUAGCUAAAACGAAGCAGAAGCUGAAGUACCAGCAGAGUCAGGUGAUGAGCACGGGGAGUUCGGAGUUGGACGACGGCCUCGACAAACCGAAGAAAUCGAGCGUGAAGCAGAGACAGCCGAUCGGCGGCCAGAGCCACGCGAAGGUGAAACGUCAGGCGCAAAUCGAUCGACGAGAAUCGAAGAGACAGAGUAUGCCCGACUAUCGAGACCAAGGGGUUGAAAAACGGAGAGAAGCCGCCUCGAAGGACACUCCGAAACUGGAGCCAAAGUCUGACAAACUUGGCAAGACGACGACCAGAGCACCGAAACUCGCUGCCCUGUCUCGCAAGCGGAACGCGAGCGAGGAAACCAGCACCAGCACCGCCGAGGAGAAGAAAGACGAAGCAGCCACGUUUUUCCCUGCGCGAGACUUCGCCACGAAGAAGAGCAACACGCACCUUUCGGAGGGAGAUUCGAACGCGUCGAACCGAAGAGCAGAUUCUACCAAGCGUCGACGCGAAGCGGAAACUUUGCCGAAGGAAAUCAUUCGGCAAAAGUUCAGCGACGACUUUGUCGAAGAACCAAAGACAGACGAGGAGGGAAAACGAGCUGCAGCGGAAGCGGGGAGGAAAUCUGACACGACAGUGCAAGUGUCAGAAAAUGAACUGAACAAGGGGAUGCAGGAAAAUUCAUUUGAAAAGGAUGCGAGUACCGAGAAACAGUUAAUUACAGGUUCGACUGUAGCUCGAGAUCGACGGGCCGAUAAAACUUCGUCGGGAACAGAAUCUACGGAGAGCGUAAAAUACGCGGAGAAAGAAGAAACUGAAAGAGACGUGGCUCGCCACGUACAAAGAGAUUACAAAGAGAAGGAUGAAUCUUUAGAGGAGCGGAUUGAAACUAAAACCACGGACGCUUGGUCGAAAGAGAAAGAGAAACAGGGAGAACAGAAAAUGAGAAAACUUUCGAAAGACUUUGGGAAAGAAAGUGUCGCUUCGGAAGGGAUUGACGAGACAGAGGCGGCCUACAAAGCUCAAAGACAGACUCGAGCGGGAGAAAAGGACGCGUACAUAUUGCUAGACUAUGCUGACGGAGCUAAGGGAAUUACGCUGGAUGUCGAGGACAAAGCUGAAGACAGAGAAGCAGAAAUGGAUGAAACUGAUGGAGAGGAGGAGAAACAAAUAACACACGCGAAAGAUGUUUCAACAUUAGAUUACGCUACCACGGGGCAGAAGGGAAUUGAAUUCAAUGUUCGAGAUGAAAAGAAGAUCGACUUAAAUGCAAUAAAAGUCCCCUAUGAGUACGAGAAAGAAACUUACGACGAGAAAGUUGAAGGAGACGUUCUUUCGGACGAGCGGGGAAAGUACGAAGACGUUGAAAAAAUGAAAUCCACUUUCGCGGAUAGAGAUAAGAGCAUUGGCGACGAGAAAGAAGAAGUCGCUGUAAGAGACGCGGCUGAAAUGAAAGCUGUUGAAAUAACUGGCGACCAUAAAAUAACCGAGGAUCGAGAAUUUGAGGACAAAGAAACAUUGGAGGAAAUUGCUACUGAAUCGAGUAGAGAUCGACAAGUCACUGAACAAUCGAACACAAGCGAAGACGAGAAAACUGAUGGAAAUGUUGCGGAGGAAACGACUACAGUUGAAAAAUCUAGUAAAGAGACGCGAGAAUUGUCUGCGGAACGUAAAAUUAUCGAAACAGCCAAGAAGGGACAAAGUGUUGAAGAAGAAGCUAAAGGUUAUCAAACUGUUGAAAAAGUGUCUGAAGAUGAUGUACCUGACGACUUCGAAGGAAUAUUCGACGAAGAAAAGGAAAUUUCGACUGCUGUCGAAAGAGAAACUGUGAGAUCAGACGAUCGAGAAAUUCCCUUCGAUGGAAAAGAGUCUGACGAGGAAAGUCAUCAGAAGGAAAGAAGCAGUUCUCCCGAUGCAAAGGAAAUUUCCACGAAGAGAGAAGAACAAGUUGUUACUGCCGAUCACGAAGUUAGCAAAGAAAAGGAGAUGGUAAUUCUAGAAAGGGAACUGGCAAGUACAGACAAGGAAGAAGCGAGUGUUGCCGACGAUAAAGAAGAGAAACUGACUACAGAGGGUGAAAAAACUAGCGACCUGAUUAAGAAAAGAAAACUUCAGGAAAAAGAAGCUAACAAAGGGACGCGAGAAACUGACGAGGGUCGAGUUGGUGGCGAGAAAAUUGCAGAUAUCGGACAGCAACUCGUGACUGAGGAGACGGACGACACGUCGACGAUUCGCAAAGAUACAAAGGAAAAGGACGAUACGUUAAAGGUGUCAACUACUGAGAAACAAGAUGGCGAGGAAGCAAAGGAAAUUGACGAUCACAGCGUUUUCUCGGCAGUGUUUAAAGCUGUUCAUUCGUUGGUCGACACAUUGACGAAUGGCAAAACACCGAGCCCUGAAAGAGAGGCUGCAGCUACCGAGCAAUCGCUUCGGGAUAAGAAACUUAUCGAAGAAGAAUUAUCUCCGUUGCCUUCCACUUCCCGGAUAAACGGUGAUUCCGUGACAUUAUUGGGCAACGAAAAGGCAGAGGAGGACACGAAAGUAACAACUAGCUCGACAGAGGACACGAAGGAAGAAAAGAGCGAAGAACCCGGCGAGAUGGAUGGACUAGUGGAACUAGCGUCGUCGGGAAACUCGGCCGACGAGCAACGAGAAAUCAACGAAUCUUCGAAGGACGACGAGAUGAAAGGCACGAGGGUGGAGGAGUUGCGGGAAGAAAAGCCGGCCGAGGAUAAUGAAACGGUAGAUGACAAAUUAGCACGAACCAGCGAGGAAGGGGAGCAAUUGCUCCGAAUUCGCCCGCAGACGGAGGAAGAGAAGUUUGCGUCCUGUGCCAUUAUAUCGGAAGUUGCGACAGAUUCGGGGGGGACGUCCGAAUCCGGCAAGCAAUUGAAGUCGCAGAGCGAGCAAACUGAAUUACAAGAAGUGGAGCAACUCGUCGGGGGAGAAACUUUUGCGGCGAUGGAGGGAGAGACGACGUUUCCAGGCAAGUGGUCAACUAUGAUGGUGUCUGACGUACCUGGGAUUGCCGACUGGGAUAAUAAGCACGAUCUGAUUGUGCUGAGAAUGGACGAAACGUCGCUGGCGAAGGAAGCUACAGAAGAGGGGAGACCGGUUUCCCUCGAACGACAAUUGACAGACACAACGUUAACAACCAGACCGUACCAGACGCCGCGACAUCGUGCUCGCCGGCUCUCCGAGAAAGAGAGCAGUCGAGUGGACGAGCCGACCGAAGCUAAGCGGAGCAUCGAGGACGAAGGGAAAGAAGAAGUGUCGAUCGGAGAGACGAAAGACGAGGACCCGUUUCGGAUAAUCGAAGAUACGAGCGAGAAAGGCACGGAAAGAGAAUCACCUACGAAAGCCAUGGAAGUGGAGUCCGAGUGUGAUUCAGCGGUGGAUAAAGGAUCCUCGACCGGUGCAAAAGAUGCGAAAGAUUCGAGAGCGAAGGCUGGAAUUAAAGCCGACAGACAGGAUGGGGAAACCGAGACAUUCAAAGUCGUAGACAGAAGGGUGAAAGAGCUGGGAAGGAAACGGGUGAGCUCGCAGAGAAAGAAGAAAAGUUCCUCCGAGGAAUCCUCGGAGGAGAAAGCAGCGUCCAUCCACGCUGGACACCGAACGCUUCGGAGGAAGCUGCCGGAAGACCAGUCGAGGCAAAAGGACCAAAGCAUCGACCAGACGAGACAAUCGACGAAGAGGGACGAGCGAAAGCAGUCGCUGUCGAAAGUGAAAGCUCAGAGAGAGAAGAAGUCGUCGAGCAGCAGCGAGAAGUAUCCAACGCCGCCGAAAACCGGCGAGAUCGACACGAGCAAAGCUCAGCCGAAAUACAUGGCUUGGUACAAGAAGAACCGAGAGGAAAUGGAGAGGAAACGAGCCGAGUUGCUGGCCACCGACGACGAGGACCAGCUGCCCCGAUGGUUACGAAGGAGCAUGAGAAAUCAGAAAUCCGAGAUGGAGGAUGGAAAGCGAGAGAAGAAAUCGAGCCAGAAAACCGCUGACACGACCCCGAUGCGAACGAGACGCAAGGUUAAACCAUUGGUAAACGUCGAGUCUGAACAGUUGAAAGCCAUAGUUCGCCAGGGGAGGAAGUUGAGAAGAGCCGAGGGUGGGAAAAACGAGGAUCCACCGGUCCAGAUAUUCGCGACGACGCCGCCCGCGGUUCCACAAGACCCUAAACACCACCUGUUCCAGCAUUCUGAGUACAAGUACGAAAAGAUGCCUGCGCCAUUUUAUCUUCAUCCUCCACCGGCUCCUCACCCGUCCCCGCAACUGUCACCCGAACACUAUGAAAUAGUAGUUCCGCCAACGGUGGAACGUACCAGCGAAGAUUUCGACUCUGGAGUAGCCGUGUCGUUGCAACAGGGUGGCAACAGGUUGCGACACCAGCAAUUGUUAGAGAAGAAGAGCGUGUUCGAUAUCGCGUACAGCGAGGCUGCACCCUCUCAGCUCCGUUCCGACAGUACUUCACCACCGUCA